AAACUGGUCGCCAAGAAUAGGGGAAGCUUUUCAAAAUCAAAUAAAAGCGUGAGGUCUCUCGUUUGCAUCUAUCUUCCUCCUCUUCCUCUCCAUCUCUUAUACGAUGCCGUAUCACUCUUCUACCAAUCCUCUCGUCUAAACCAGGAUCCACCGUUGGAUCCGUUCACCUUCUUCCCCGUGGAGAUCUCCUUCGCGCCUGAGGUAGUUGUUCUUUUGUUCCCCCUUUGCGUUUGAGAGAUUCGAUCGACUUCUCGACUUAGACCUCUUUGUUGGCUUCUAGAUUCUCGAUUUGUACGAGCUUAGUCCUCGUUUUUAGAUUCUCGCGAGCUGUUUUCUUCAUAUACUCUUCGAGAAAUCUCAGCUGAAUGAAGUUUUCGUUAGAGCCACCAUGCCUACUUUCUCUGCGAUUGCUUUAGAUAGAAUGAUAGAGCCAGGGGCAUCCACAUCUGCCAAUACCACCGUUCCAAGCACAAACUCGCAUUAUUAUUAUCCAAAGCCACCAAUAUCAAACGCGGAUAAAGCUAAAUCACUUAACGAGAGGAGGAGGACGUUCACUCGUCCUAAGAUGUCACCUGCUCUCUACGCCACUCCUGACGCAAUCCCGCUACCUAACUCCCCAUCUUCCUUCCCGCCGUCGCCUUAUAUCAUCAACCACAAGUCCCGCGGGCCGCCAAGGCUUUUGAAGAGCUCUUCCGAGGCUAAUGUGGCUUCCCAGCAGAAGACAGUGGACGAUGAAGCUGCAGAGGUAAAGGCCUCACCUCGGAGGAAGUCUACUUCGUUCUCGUUUCCUGUAAGUGAGCCUACCGAUGAGGAUUUUGGUGGGGUUGUUGAUGGUCCUUUUGGGAGUUGGUCCAAUGGUUUAGAGCCUGUCACUGCCAAAGCAGAAAAGGAGAGUGAGUGUGAAGAUUUUUAUGACCCAGGUGAGUCAGCAAGCUUCACAAGUAACGCAGAGGUAGAGGUUGAUGCUGGUGAGGAAGGCUCACAAAGACUUGCUACACCUGUGGGAGAGUUUUAUGAUGCUUGGGAUGAACUAUCAACCGAGAGUGGAAUGCAGAGUUCAGUUAACAACAUUGAAUCUGAACUAAGGGAGAUAAGGCUGAGUUUACUAAUGGAAAUCGAGAAGAGAAAACAAACAGAGGAAGCUCUAGAGCAGAUGCAAACACAUUGGCUGAAGCUCCGUGAGCAGCUGGCACAGGUCGGUGUGUUCGUUCCUAUCGAUCCUACCACGUCAACCAACAACAUGAACCUAUCGGAAGAACUACGUUGCCAACUCGAGGUUGCUAGGUUUGUCUCCGACUCUCUGUCCAGAGGUAUGGCCAAGGCAGAGGCAGAGAUGGUGAUGGAAUCAAGGCUCGAAACUAAGAACUUUGAAAUCACAAGGUUGACUGACCGAGUACACUACUACGAAGCCGUGAACCGAGAAAUGUCCCAACGAAACCAAGAGGCCAUAGAGGUGGCACGACGAAAGAGGCAGAAGAGAAAGAAGAGGCAGAGAUGGAUAUGGGGAUCAAUCGCAGCAACCAUCACUCUAGGAAGCGCGGCGUUGGCAUGGUCUUACAUUCCUACUGCAUCAAAACCAUCAUCCGAAGUAUCACAAACUCUUAAGGAUGAUUAAGUAAGCCUCUUGUCUCCAUAAAGGGUGUUUGAUAUGAGCAAGAGAAAUAAGAUACAGGACGUUUAGCACACGCCUUGUGAAUAGAAAUAUAUACAUACUUGGUUAUUGUUUUAACCUUUCAAGAUGAUGUAUAGCUUCCAAGUAGCUGUAAUACACGUCCUUUUUUUUUACGGUGGCAUACCAAAGUGGAAGCCACAUUCACUAAUAUUUUGGUUCGUGUUAUCUGUUAUUAACAUUCAAUGUUAGCUCUCUAGUCUAAGGUG